CGCUAGCCAUAAACAUGAUAAAUCUGCUUAGACUUAAAUGGCGUCGAAGUCGGCUAGUUUGAGAAAAGCUCAAGUCCCACUUUGCUGCCAUUUUUGUAAUAAACAAGGAGUACAAUGGAAAUGUGAAGAAUGUGAUGUAUUUAUGUGUACGUCAUGUAAGGAGAAAAUCCAUCAGCGACUAAAAUCUGCUCAGAAUCAUGAAAUCGUCUCUGUUUACGAUAUUUGUAAAGAUAAUCCUCCUCGAAAGGAGGUUGCAUCGGAGGUAAUUUCUUCAGUUUUUAAUACAUACACAACCACAGUACCUGUUAUUAAUUCUUUAUUGUGCUAUGGUGAUGAUUAUGUAUACUUAAUCUAUCAUAAUAUAGAGGAAAACGCUCGAUUGGUUAAGGGCAAAAUGUUAAAAUCAUCAAUCAGGAUAUUACAAACAUUAGAAAAACAAAUAUUUGACAUUGCGGUAAAUACAGAAGGUGAAAUUGUUUUCGAUGAGGUAGGUCAUGACAAUGUAUAUAGUUUAACUGAUACUGGCGAAAUAAAGACCGUUUUAGAAACUUCUCCAAUGAGACCAACUGCCCUGCAUGUUAAUCGUGACAACGAUUUAAUAGUUGGAUUUAGAGAACAUGGAUCACCUUUUCCAGUUAAAGAUUUUUCCGUCCGACAAGUUGUAAUUUUUGACAAUAACUAUAAAAGAAAAGUGAUAUUGGAGGCCGACAAAAAAGGAAUAAAACUGUUUAGCUAUCCUGCCCGUAUCAAAACAGACUCUAAAAAUGUAUUGUACGUAACCGACUGGAUUGACAAAAAUCAAAGCGGUAGAAUAGUGGCAGUAGACACAAACGGUCGUCUGAAAUUUACAUACAAUGGUAAUCCAGAUUUACAAACAUUCUUUCCCAAUGGAAUCGCCAUUACCCCAAGCGAUAACAUUAUACUUACAGACCACUCAAACAACGCAUUGUAUGUUAUGAAUACCAGAGGAGAACUUCUUGCACUGCAGUUUGUUGAUAAUGAUCAUAACAUUGAGCGACCGUGUUCGUUGUGUAUAGACAAUGAAGGCUAUUUGUUAAUAGGAAAUGCUCCGUUCUUAGACAAUAAAGAUAGUAAUGCAAUCAUUUAUGUGACCAAGAUAAUUAAGCAACUAGUGUGAAGAUGAUCAAUUAGAUAAGACUGAUUGUCCCAUAUGUAUCAAUUAAUUAUCAAAUCAGAAGACUCGCACUAUUAAAUGAUAUAUAAAUGCA